AUCAUUAAACUGCUCUGGACUCUAUUGUUUUCCCAUCUGCUGCUGGUUUCUGGCCAUGAAGACCAUAAAAUGAUCACAGCUUCGUCUGGACAGAAAAACGUCACUCUGACAUGUCGAGCUCCAGACAACAAAAACAUAGUUGUGAAGUGGACCAGAGCUGACAUGAAAUCAGAAUAUGUGCUUUUGUACCGAGAUGAAGUGUUUGUGCCAGAUGAUCAGCAUCCAUCUUUUAAGAACCGGGUGGAUCUGCAGGACAGACAGAUGAAGGAUGGAGACGUGUCUUUGAUUCUGAAGAAUGUAACGACUGCUGAUAAUGGAACAUAUGAGUGUUAUGUCGUCCAGAAUCGGAGAGGCAGUUUGAAGCUUAUCAACAUUGUCAGCCUGAGUGUUGAUCCUCCAGAUCAAGCUGGAGGACACACAGAGGUUGGAGAGAAGAAGGAUGGAGUCAGUAGAGGACGUCCUGGACUGAUAGCUGGUGUGAUAGUUUUUGGUGUGAUGGUUGCUUUGGCUGAGAUAAACGAGGAGUUAUCUCAUAAAGAGGAACAAACAGUACUCCAACAACAGACAAAGCCCAGCAGAAACCUUGAGGAGGAGCUCCAUCUGCCCCCACCCGGGAAGAGCCUCAGAAAGGAGAGAUGUCUGAGGCAAGAAGAGGGGUCCCUACUUUCCUCCAACUCUCUCAACAACACCAACGACCAGGACCAGGGGCCACGACCUCCCCCAGUCCCCCAAACCCCUGAUAGGCCUUCACCCUCCUCCCCCUCCCUUUCUCCCUCCUCCCCACACCUGAAAUUCACUGAGGAGAUGAUGGAGCUGCUCAAUGCUGGGCUCAGAUCUACCCCGGCCCAAUCCUUUUUGUCCCCAUAA